AUGAAUCAAAACUCUCUGAUACCACCGGAAACUUCGAAACCUUCUGGACUUCAGGAUGUCUCUCAAAAUGGUCCCGUAAUUCUAUCAGAUGCGAUUGGAACUGCAAAAUGUGCAUCCGGAUGGAUUAGAUGGGAAGGAAAUGGAUGUUGCUAUAAAGAGAUGGGAUCUCCAAUGCUUUCUUGGUACGCUUCGGAGGAUUGGUGUUGGAGUCAAAGGGCAGGCGCGCAUUUGACGUCGAUUCAUAAUCAGUACAAACUUUGGUGGUCAAAAAUGGACGAUUGGAUUGGGUUGAGAAGAAAUUGUGACAAUACAGACUGGGAAUGGACAGACGGAACACCUGUGGAUUUCCUUUGGUGGCAACCGGGAUACCCGAUUUAUGGAGGAAUUGAGGACAGUUGUACUGCGUUAUGGGAUUCAUCAGUUUUACGUGGAAUGUAUGGAUUCCUUCCUGGACAAUUCGACGAUGGAAGAUCGUGUACUGGAAGUGUAGCAUGGGCUGUGUGCAAGUACGAUCCAAAUACAUCAAUUAUCGGACAAAAGUAUGUCAAAAGCGUUUGUACUACUACUUCAACUACAACCACCACAUCAACAACGACAACGACAACUCCCACGACAACAACAACGACGCCAACAACUACGACAACCACCCCCACAACAACAACAACGACUCCAACAACGACUACUACAACACCUACAACUACUACCGUAACCACUACAACAGAAACCACUACAACUCCAACAACAACAACCACAACGCCCACCACAACAACAACACCAACUACAACCACAGAGACGACUACUACCACAACUCCGACUACAACAACAACAACACCAACAACUACAACUACAACUCCAACUACAACGACUACAACUCCUACAACCACUACCACAACUCCGACCACAACAACAACAACACCAACAACUGCAACUACUACAACACCUACUACAACCACUGAGACAACUACUACCACAACGCCCACCACAACAACUACACCAACAACUACAACUACAACUCCAACUACAACUACCACAAUUCCGACCACAACAACCACAACACCAACAACUACAACUACUACCACAACAACUACAUCAACAACUACAACAACAACUCCAACUACAACUGCUACAACAUCAACUACAACCACUACAACUCCUACCACAACAACUAAAGCAACAACAACAACAACUGUUGCUCCAAGUGGACCAGUAGACUGCUCACCGAAAUGUGAUUCAUUUUGGAUUAGUUAUAAGGGAGGGUGUUAUGGGAUAGUCCAAGGAACUUCAGAUUUCAGUACCGCAGAGCUUGGAUGCCAAGCAUUUGGGGGAGAGAUGGCAGUGAUAACAGAUGCUGAUAUGAAUGAGGCUAUGAGAUUGGCAUUUAGUACUAACAACGACAGUACGAUAGCUCAUCAAGCAUGGGUUGGAGCAUCUUCAUAUUCCAACUGGGCUCCUGGAAAACCAAAUAAAGCACAAGGAACCCAAUAUUCAGAGUAUUGUAAUGUGUUUGCUCUAUCUGUUGUGAACAAUGGUUUGGAUUUUGGAUUCUCUCGCGGAGUUUGGACAGAUUAUCCGUGUUCAUUGACACAGGAGUUUGUGCUCUGUAAACAAAGUUAA